CUCUUACCGCAGAGGAGUAACACAUGCGGCCCAGCUGUAGCGGAGUCUGCAAGGAAUAAAACACAACUUUUAAUUUACAUGGCAGACACACCAGUUGACGAAGACUAUGCAAUGCCAGCGAACCAGGAUUGAAGGAAGCCCAGAAGAACAGUGAGUGGCCAAGUGCCAGUUUCCAUGGCAACAUGGAUACACCAAACCUGGACUUCCUGCAGUGGACUAGCGAGGAGGUUGCAGGAUGGAUUGAGUCCAAAGGAUUUCCACAGUAUAAACCGUGUUUUACCGACAACUGCAUCACUGGCAGGAAGCUGAUUUUUGUUGAUUGUGUCCACAUGCCAAGAAUUGGAAUCACAGAUUUUAAAGACAUGCAGGCCAUCUCCACAUGCGUGCGGGAGCUGCUGGGCAUCACUCAGACCCUGUGGAGUCGCAGCAUCGCCGACCCGCCGCGAGAUGACAUAGGCCUCUUUCUGGAGAUGAAGAGUCGCACAGGUGUCAAGACGGACCAGCUCACCAUUCAGCAGCUCCUGGAUGACAUCUGCCACUGAUGAGACAAAACCAAAUGUGUGUGUGUGUGUGUGUGUGUGUGUGUGUGUGUGUGUGUGUGUGUGUGUGUGUGUGUGUGUGUGUGUGUGUGUGUGUGUGUGUGUGUGUGUGUGUGUGUGUGUGUGUGUGUGUGUGUGUGUGUGUGUGUGUGUGUGUGUGUGUGUGUGUGUGUGUGUGUGUGUGUGUGUGUGUGUGUGACAAAGUGGUGAGAAGCGGGACGUGUCAAUGCAAUUUUCAUUCUGCCAACUGUCUCAGUGACUCACUUACAAGCAGGUCCUGUCAUUCACACGUACACCCGCUCAGUGCUGGCAUGCUGGAAUUGAUGCUGGUACAAAAGGCAGCUUUUAGAAUAUGCUGUCUAAUCAAAUGCAUGAUACAUUUAUCUAAAUAAACACCCACUUGAAUGUCCUACAGCUGCGUUUGUCAGGGGUACGGCCUCAUUACUGUUAUUACAGUAAAAAGGGCAAUUAUUGGUUUCUCUGUAUAUCUUUUCCAGAGCUAGUGGUCUCAAGUAGCAAUGCGCCGAUCGGCCGGCCACAAAUCCAUAUCAGCCAGUUUUCGCAAAAGAAAAUGUAUUAUUGGCCAUCCCCUCUGGCUGAUACUGUACUCAUUUUUGGUCCCUUGGCUGACGGGGGCUUGCAGCUAACUUUAUAAAAAGCGUGGCGAUUAAACUACAUUUCUUAGUGUCUUAAGUACCAUUAGAGGACUGUAGGUCGAGGCUUAACAAACAGUAGGCGCAAAUCAGGAACAGGCAUGCUAAUCGCUAAGUUAGCCACUAAGGUACCUUGACAUUACCCAAGAAAUAUGUGCUUGGUAAAGUAAGAAAUGUAGAUGGAAGCACAUUACAUCAGAAAUCUUUUGUUAAUGUUUACAAACUCUGAAUUAUUCCCUGGAUACAGGAGGACAUUGGGGGCAAAAACCAAAGGAUUUAAAUAAGUACUAGAUAGUAGUCUUUGCUUUUGUUUAGUUAUUGUGUACUAAUGACUCUGUUUUAAAUAAACAACAUAAUAAUAAAAAACUAGUUUAAAUAAGGUGCCGCCAAUAAGUACAUAUUUUUUUUACAGAUUUAAAAAAAUACAAUUAAUACAUGUUAUUGGUAUCCACCAGUCUCACUCGUGGCUGACUAAGAAGGGUAUAAAAAGUACAUCAACAAGAAACUAUGGAACAAACUGGACUUACAACACAAGCAAUGCCAAACUAUUAAUCCAUUUAUACUAUUAUACAAACAUCGGGUCUGGUUCAAAUAUAGAGAUGAGGGUCUUUAAUUUAACCUGCUGUUGUAUUCUGUCUCAAAGUGUUAACAUGUGCUCAAUGUUUCCUUACCAUUGUUGCUAUGUUGUCUAUUACCAUUGUUGGUAUUUUGUCUAUUAUCAUAGUUGGUAUGUUCAUUCUUCCUACAUUGUUGAUACAAAUUGUUGAUACAGUGUAAUAAUUAUUGUUACCUGUGGUAAUGCCACUAUGAUACAACAUCUGUAUUAUAAUCCUUAAACAAAGUAACAGUGAAACUCAAUGUAUUAUUUACUGAAUGGAGAACUGGGGGGUGGGAUUAAAUAAGUUAUCUUCUUCCCACUCCCCUUCAGGCAAAACUGGACAAUCAUGCUUACAUACUGUACAUUACCUUUUGCGUUAUAUUAAUUUAUAUUAUUAUGUGUUGUCAACCUUGUACGUUUUUUUAAAAUGUCAUUGCCUGAAAUGAAUUUAAAAAAAAAAAAUGAAUGAAAGACAACACACCACUAAAGCAUCAAUUUGUCUGUGCGAAUGUACA